AGGACGCCAGAGCUGGCCCACAACAACCUUUCUUCUUGUUCCUCAUAAGGUCCGACGACGGCGAUGGCGGCGGCGCGCUCGGAGGCGUCGGCCAAGCUGCCGGCGCUGUCGCGGCAGCUGCGCUACACAGGCCUCUUCACCUCGCAGAUGGCGCCCACGUCGCGCGCCUACUGCAUCCUGCUGAGCUUCUUCGUGGGCGUGCUCAUGCUCACGGCCGGCUCCGUGUUCUACCACGUGAUCCUGAUCCGCCCCAUGAGCGGCGCCCACCCCAUGCACACGCCCCCGCUGCCGCUCGCCGCAGGCCUCAUCCUCGCCGGCGCCGCCACCGUCCUCGGCUCCUGCUUCGUCGCCUGGAGGUACGGUUUCGACGACGGGGACGACAGCCUUGAGGACGACCUGUACUCCUUCACUAAAGACGACGUCCUCGACCAGCGCCACCAACAGCAACUGCAGCAGCACAGCAGCAACUACAACAGCAACAACAAUACAGCAGUACCAGCACCACCACAGCAACUACAGCAGCUUCAACAACAGCAACAACAGCAAUUACAGCACCAACAGCAACAGCUUCAACAGCAGCAGCACCACCCACAGUGUUGCCCAUCCAACAGCAAAAUACCCCCUGUCUGAGCCUUUUAAUCCCAAGAACCUCCCACCUUUCUUCAGGUUACCCUCAAGUGUCUCUCUCGGUCUCAUGGAUCGCCAUGCACUGUACCUCUGCUUAUCAUUACGGGCAAUAAAUGAUAGUAGAGCGAGAUAGAUAAGAGAGAGAGAGAGAGAGAGAGAGAGAGAGAAGAGAGGGAGAGAGAGGAGAGAGAGAGAGAGAGAGAGAGAGAGAGAGAGAGAGAGAGAGAGAGAGAGGAGGAAGGGACAUAAAGGUCAAAGGCUUUCUCUUGAUCGACUCUGAAACAGCCUCGGAAUCUUUCAAAGCUUCGUUAAAAGUUGGAUGACCUUAAUAGGCAGCCGUUUAUAUUCGUGACACGACCCUUACGAUUUGGAGAGAGGCAAAAAAAAGAUUGAAAAAAUAUAUAAUUCAAAAUGGAAAAUACUCUCUGAUACUAUAUAUCAUACGAGAUUACUCCAAUGUAAUGAAUUCGUGUUAACUCAGAUCGAUCUUUUUACAAACUUUUCUUUUAGACAGGGUUAUACUGGAACCCUGAGUAUAUCAUUAUUUUCACUAUCAGUAUCAUAAUAAUUUCCCACACACUUGUAAUUAAUCACUGAGGUUCCUGAGGCAUUUCAUAACACCACCUAAUGAACGAGAAAUAUUGUCAUUUAUAUUUUUAAUGACAAAAUGCCCAGAAAAAAUAUAUUUCAUUUCAACAUAAGUGACCUGACCUGACCUGACCCUUUGACCUCCUAGUUCCGUGUUUUCUCUGUUAAAACACGUCAUUGGAUUUUGCCUCUCUCUCUCUUUCUUUUCUUCUUAUCAUUAUAAUUUUACUUUUUGUGUAAUACUCUGUCGUGUCUCUCAGUGAUUGUAGUUAUUUUCUUAUCUGUAUUUAGGUGUCUGUGCUUCGUGGAAUGGGAUGUCAGUUAUUCUUAUUUAUGGCUGUGAAGUAUUAACAAAAAUAACUGUAACAAGGAAAAGAUUAACAGACGAGGAUAAUCUUAAUGGAAUGAAGCGAAGAAGAAGAAGAAAAAAAAAUAAAAAGAUGUUUUUGGUGGAAUGAAGUGAGGAUAAAAUGAUGUUCUGAUGGAAUGAAGCGUGGAAAGAAAUCAAAGAACAUUUUUUAUGGAAUGUGGUGAGGGGAAAAAAAAAUGUUUUUGAUGGCAUGAAGUGAGUGAAAAAAAGCUGUUCUGGUGGAAUGAAGUGAGGAAAAAUGAGAAUGUUUUUGAUGGAUUGAAACGAGGAAAAACAAGAAAGAAUGUUUUGAUGGGAUGAAGCGAGGAAAAGCAAGAAUGUUUUUGAUGGAAUGAAGUGAGGAAGGAAAUGAAUUGAAAUUGUACGAGAUUGUAGUAAAUCGUAUUAGAUUGUAUUCCACUGUAUUCAUCUGUAUUAAAGAGAGUGAAAUGGAAGAUAAAUAGAAGGAGGAUUAAUUCAAUAGGCUUAAUUAUAUCAUGUUCCCGUUUCUGAUUUUAAUCGUCGAAGCUUAAUUCCAUUUUCUUGUCUAGUUUAUUUUUAUAAUUAAUUUAGUUUACAGUCGUAUAAUUAUUAUUUGCAAGCUAGAGAGAGAGAGAGAGAGAGAGAGAGAGAGAGAGAGAGAGAGA